AUGGGAAACUCAAAUUUUGUUUUAGAUGCAUUAUUAACUAAUUAUCAUUUAUAUGAUAAUCAAGCAUUUGAUAUUUCAGAAAAAUGGGUAAAUUUACUUUUAAUACAUUCAUCUCUAAGAAAUCUUUCAUAUAUCUAUAGUCAAACCCCUACCUCAUGGGUGUAUUUUUUUGUGAUUAUAAUUAGACCUUCGCAAGCUAUUUAGAUUGAAUAUUUUUCAAUUUUUGGUUUAAUUUUUGUGAUUUUCCAUUUUUUUUAUAUUUUGAAGCCUACUAUAAUUGGAAGUUCUUUUUUGAGCACUAUUAAUACAUUAUUAAAGGUGUCUCUACUUAAUAUAAUGUUAGAAUAAUUCAAAGAUUUAUUUGGUUAUAUAGUUGGAAGCAUAAUUUUAAUGUUUCAGACUUUCGAAUAUUUUUUUAUUUAAUGGACAUUGAACAUAAAUUAAAAGAAUUUUCAACUAGUUAGAAUUAGUUUAUUAAGAACGAUUAAAUUUCUUUUAGAUAUUAUUUUGAUAAUUGGACAUGAAUUUAGAAUGGAUAUAAUUUUAUUAUAAGUGAUAUCUAUGAUCAAUUCUCUUAUAUAUAUAUUAAUGAUACUAACAGAAAAAUCAGAAAUAAAUGAAAUAAAUAAAUCUAUAAUCUUCUCUAUCUAAUUAUUAACUAUAUAUUUAGGAAUUGCUUAAUUUAUAAAAUAUGAAAACUCUUAUACUUUGAUUUUAGUACCAUUCUUUUUUAAAAUUGCAUUUAGAAUGAAAAAUAAUUAAUCUAAUCUCAAUUCUAAAGAUCCAAUUAUUAAGGCAUCCAUACUACUUAAAUAGAAUAACUAUUAUUAAUGUUUUAUGAUUUUACUAAAACAAAGAGAAACAAAUAUUUUCAGAAAAAUUAGAUUAAAAUUGAUUCUUAAAUAAGCUGUAAAUGAAUUUAAUUUUAUUGCCAAUAAAAAUAUAAAAGUAUAAACAAUAUAAAAAGACUUAGCCUUAAAAUUGAUUGAAAAUGAUUCACAAACUUAAACAAUUUCAUAAGAAAUAACAUAAAUUAUAAAAUUAAAAAUAGAACUUCUAUAAAAUUGGUAUUAAAAUACAAUUGAAGAUAUUAUAGUAUUGAUAUAAAAAAUAAGAGAUACUAGAUUAAAAUUGGAUAAUUUUUAAUUCAAAUAAUCAGUUGGAUGUAUUUAAUCUCUCAUAUUAUUUUUUUAUGCAGAAAUACUUAAUGAUAUUAUAUAAGCAAAUGAAAUUCUUACUCAUACAAGAAAAAACACAAACCCAACAAUAAAAGCUUCUUUUUCUAAUAAAAAAAUACGAUAUAUGAUUAUAAAUUUCUAAGAUUCAUAAUAUAAUAUUGAAACUGUAUCUAGCAAUGGUCCCUAACAAUACAAAAAUAAAUUAUUGAAUGAAUUAAUUCCUUUUGGAGUUAGAGAACAUCAUGAUGAUCUAAUAUAAAAUUUAUUAAUAACAGGUUAAUCUAAAUUUACUAGAAAUUUCAAUAAAAAUUAUAUUGUUAAAGAUGGAUUUAUAGAUUCCAUAGAUUUUGCAAUUGAUAUUAUAUAUACUCAUAAAGUUUAAUUUAUUACACUUUUUACUACAAGAAAUAUGAAAAAUAAUUCAAUUACAAUGAUAACAAAUGAUAAUUAUGAAUUAAAAUCUAUGUCAGAACCCUCUGAUUCAAUGCCAUUUAUAAAAAAAUUAUUUAAAAUUGGAACAUUUGUUAAUAAAAUAAUAAAUGAAUUAAAUUCAGUCAGUUAGUCAUGUCUAAUUGAAAGUUCCUUAUACUAUUCUCAUCCAAAUAUAAGAUCACGUUAAAGUUUUUAUAAUGAAAUAUCAGAAUAAAUGAAUUAUUAUUGCGAUGUAAAUGUCAUUAUUAAAUAAAUUAAUGGCCAAAUUAUAUAUUAUAUUUUAGAAAUCGAUAACUUUAGAAAUUUCUUAUCAAUUAGAAAAGAUACUGUAUUAUAAACUUUAACAUCUUUUGCAUCUAUUAAAGGAUUCAACAUAAAUUGUGAUGAAAUUAAUUAGAAUGAAGCUUUAUUGAUACCUUAUUAAUCUGAUGAAUAAAUUAAAAAAUUUGAUGUAGAUUUACAUUAAUUGAUAACAUCCAGAGAUGAGGAAAUAUAUUUCUUACAUAAUAAUGAUGUUGAUAAGAAUCAGAUAGCAUAUGAAAAGUCUAACACUAUUAAUGAAUAAUAAAUCAAGAAUUAGUAAGAUCAUGAGGAAUUCAUUAUGGAGAUGAAAUCACAAUAAAGUUCAUCAAUAGAAUAAAUAAGACAAUCAUAAUUUAUUAGAAAAUAUAGUUUAAUAAAUAGAUUUAAUAAUCAUUUACCUUUGAAGAAGCAUUAAUAAAUACUUAUUCUAUUGUUUAUUUUGUGUAUUACUAUAUCAAUAUUAUUUAUAAUAAUUGUAAUUAAAUUAACAAUAUUUUUAGGAGUUAUUAAGUUUAAAUCUUAUAGGAUUUGCAAGAGAUAUUAAUUUAUUGGAAAUUAAGAAUUUAUUUUUUUAACCUUUAGAUUUAUUUUUGGCUACUAGAUGGAAUUUAUGGACAUACAAUUAUGAAAAAUAAAAUCACAUUAUUACAUAAGAAGAAUAUGAUGAAUUAUCAAAAUUUUCAAUCUCCAAUUUAGGAGAAGGAUAUGAUUAAUUGAAUUUCAAUAUGUAAUCUGUUUUGUACAAAUAUGAUUUGUAAAAUUUGCUAUAAAAUAAGAUUUUAGAGGUUUUUUCAUACACAGACACAUAUAAAAAUGAGAAAUAUAAUAUGUCUUUAAGAAGUGCUAUUUAAGUACUUUUAAAUUUUUAAUAUAUUCUAAAAAUGAACUAUGUUUAUGAAAAAACGGUCAAGGCAGACAGUCCAUAGAUAUUUUAUAGUUUUAAAAAUUAUCCAUUAUUAAGGGAUAUACUUACAGAAUUAAAUGAUGAUAUAAUGGUUGCAACCAUUGCUAGAGGAUAAGAAUUUUAGUCAGAACUACUCACGUUUUUCAUUUGCCAAUAAGCAAUAUUAUUUAUGGUAGUUCUAAUAAUAUUAGGAUUAAAACGUUUUACAACAAACAAAUUAUAACUUUUUUUAUCUCUAACAUAAUUUGUAGAUGAUAUUUAUUUAUAAAAAGAAAUAGUUAAAUAAAAAUCUUUGUUAAAUUUGCUAUUAGAAGAUAGAACAAAAUUAUUUUUUUAUAAAUUUAACCUUUUUGAAAAAGAAUCUUCAUUUUUAUCAAAGAAAACAGAUAAAACAGUAGAAAAAUAAAAAACACAUCGGAUGCUUGAUCAAAAUAAGAUUCCUAUAACUUAAUUCACUUUAUUUCUUGGUAUAUUUUAUAUUAUCAUUCUAAUAUGCCCUGUUGUGAAUUAUGUUUAAUAUAUGAAUUAUUUAAAAAAAUAUCCAUAGACAGCUGCCUAUAAGAAAUAGUUAAGUGAUUUAAGUGGUGAUAUACCUUUAAUGUUUGCUUAAAGGGAAGUACUUUAUGGAAGGAAGAAUUAUAUGUAUUUGGAUUAGGCUUAUUUUGAUACAAUAUUCUAAUAUGUUUAAGAAUCUUUGAAUUCAACAAUAGCUUUUACAUCUUCUAAUGUUGAUUUCUCUAAGUAAAUAUUAGAUUUUACAUAGAAUAUUAAUGAGUGAUAAAUUUGAAACAUUUUAUAAUUAGAUUUAAGUGGAGAAUCUAUGUGAAUAUUUACCAGAAUAUUUGAUAGAUAAAUCAAAAUUAUUAUGUCCUAUAACAAUGAAUGGGAAUAUGAAGAGAGGACUCAAAAUUAUGUUAGUUUAUAUCUCGAGUCUGAUAGAAACAGAUAUGGCUAUUAACAAUUUUACUUAUAGAGCACGUCCAACUUCUAAUGAACUUGAAGGUGCCUAUAUGAUAUCAGAGAUUAUCAAUGUUAUAAAUAAAUCAUUCUAUGAUGAUUUGAUCGAUAUUACAACAUCUUUAGUUGAAUAACAGAUGGUAAUAUCGAUUAAUAUAUUUAGAUAUUCAAUAUCUUAUAUUUACUAGUAUUGCUGGUUUUAUUGAUUAUAAUUAUAACAAUAAUUCGACCAGUCAUGUAUAAAAAUAGUAGAAAUAUCAUUUAAUUGAUUUAUCUCAUUCCAGAAUAAACUCUAUAUAAUGAUGAAGCAUUUGAAAGAACUUUAAGACUCCUUUUAAAUUUAUGA